GUAAGGUGCAGCACAUUGAGCGCUGCUUCAGCUCUCUCAGUGACAACAUGGAACAACAAUUAACAGAUCUGUGCAACCACACUAAAAUAGAAGUAACGGCUCAAGGAAGAGGAAGGAUUCUGAAGAUGCUGUUCCUGUUGAUACUCUGUCUGCAAGACUUCACUGGUCAAUGCCAAGGUUCUGUAGUGUUCACUGCUGAGUCAGAACAUAAGGACAAGACAAAAGUGCCACUGCCCUCUGACCUGAGGAUCAUUCUGGUGGGGAAGACUGGAGCAGGGAAGAGUGCAACAGGAAACACCAUCAUGGGGAGAGAGGUAUUUAAAGCAGAGGCCUCCCCCAAGUCUGUGACCAAACACUGUAAGGAAGGUAAAGCAUAUGUUCCAGGAACAAAAAUAACAGUAAUUGACACCCCAGGCCUCUUUGAUACAACACUGUCUGAACAGGAGAUGAAGAGGGAAAUAGAUGAGUGCAUUAAGAUGUCAGUCCCAGGACCCCAUGUGUUCCUGCUGGUGAUUAGGCUGGCUAGAUACACAGAGGAGGAGAGGAAGACUGUGAGCUGGAUCCAGAAGAACUUUGGAGCAGAUGCUUCACACUUCACAAUCUUACUGUUCACUGGGCCCGAUCAACUGGACGGCAAACCAGUGAUGACAUUCCUGAGAGAGAGUGAUGAGCUUCAGAAACUCAUCCAGGUCUGUGAGAACAGGUUUCAUGUCUUUAACAAUAGAGAGAGUGGGAACCGCACUCAGGUCACAGAGCUGCUGGACAAGAUAGGGAAGAUGGUGGUGAAGAAUGGAGGAGAUCACUACACCAGUAAGAUAUAUGAAGACACUCAGAAUAAGAUCAAAGAGGAGGAGAGAAAGAGACAGGAGGAGGAGAGGAAGAGACAGGAGGAUGAGAAGAAGAGAUGGGAGGAGGAGAGGAAGAGACAGGAGGAGAAGAGGAGAAAAGCAAACAAAGAUUGGAGAAGUUCUCUAAUACAAAUAGGUGGUGCAGCUCUUACAGGUCUGGGAGUUUUGUUGGGAUUUCCACCUUUAACAGUAGCUGGAGCUGCUAUUACAGGUACAGUAGCAGCUGAGAAUUUUGCAGACAAAUAUGACGAGUAGGGAAUUCAGGACAUUCACCUAAAGUUGACUUGAGAUGUAUGAGCCAUCAGAAAUAUAGGGAGGUCUUUUCAUGUUUGGCAACAUUCUUGUUGCUGAGUUAUUAAAACGGUCAGGGUUCAUGAAAUGGUCAAGAAGUUUAAAUCAGAGCAGUCAAGGUAGAUGAAUGUCAAGUAUCUUUCUGUUGUAUAUCAUUGUUAUCAUUAAUAUUUUCUUUCAAUAUUUAUACACUAUACAUCCAUAUGCUCUUUCACCUAUACAUAAUUGCGAUAAUUUUUUUCAGAUCAUUCUUUGUUUUAUGUUCCUACAUUUUUUUCCCUUUAUGAAUCUAUUUUAUUGCUUCCUGCUUGUGUUUUAUCUCCUGCAUUUUAUCGUUUUUCCUGUAAAGUGAGUUGAGAUUUUAAAUUCACUUUAAAUGUAAAUAAAGUUUGAUUU